GAGGGCAGCAGUGGUCUAGUGAUGCUUACAGGCGGAUGGUGUGUUCUGUAAAUAACAUGAUACCCGCUGAAUGUCGGACAGAGACUAACUCCAUCUGAGGAAGCAGGCCUGCUGUGACUGAAUGGCAGGGCGGACGGAGGUUUUGGUGGAGCAGAUCAGUUUUGUCCGCCAGUUCCUCCGCGGCACCGAUGCGCAGUGCGCUGCUGCCGCAGUGCAAACAAGACUGUCCGGGCUGCAGCACAGGAAGCGAAACGAUCCCUGCGCUGCCAGGGAGCAGACGGCGUUCGGAAACUAGAUUCAUUCAAGCGCAGAACUUCAUCCAGAAACACAGUCUAGUCUUAAAUGAAACUCCACGCCUCUCUGCUCACACGCAACUUCAGGGAAAUCCACGCGUAAUGCUUCCUCUGCAUCCUCGGGUGGACGUCGCCGAGGGAGAGGGCGCAUCCGCACAAUGACUAGCAGCCCGGACGCCGCUCGCGCGGAGGACACGACUCCGUCCGGGAGCUCGACCCCGCGCCUCCGGCCGCCCUGCGAGCGCCUCUCCGGCUGCCAAAAGAGCGGCGUGUGCUCGCGGUCCUACUUCUGGGUCGUGAUGGUGUUUUUUCACUUGUACAUUUUCAAUGUCAUCGCGCUGCUCUUCUACGUGCACUACAGCAGCGGGCAGGAGGACCCCAACCGGAGCCGCGACGCUCCCAGCGGCGGCCGCGCCGACUCUCCACGUCCGCCAUCAGGAGGCGAGUUUCUGCGUGACGUUUCCCUGACAAGAGUCGACGGCAUUAGGGUGGGUCAUGUCCAGAAAGUGUCUUUGGUGCCAGGCAAAGUCCACGAGAUGCGGACCCUGAGUCUGAAACCGCUGCUGUUUGAGAUCCCCGGGUUUCUCUCAGACGACGAGUGCCGAGUGGUGAUGCAGCUGGCACAGCUGAAGGGCCUGAUGGAGAGUCAGCUCAUGGUCCAGGACGGUCAAGAGGAGCUGGCAAAGGAGCUGAAUCUCAGCGCAGAGGAGAUCUUUAACCUCCUUGACAUCAACCAAGACGGACAGUUGCAGCUCCGUGAGAUAUUGACUCAUUCUAGAGUGAGGGAUGGCAUUUGGCUGACUCCAGAGAAUCUGCGGGAAAUCUAUGCUGGGCUCAAAGCUGACAAGAACAAUGAUGGUUUACUGAGUUUAAAGGAGUUUAGGCUCCUGAGCUCGGAUGCCUUCCAGCACUUUCUUCUGCAGCGAGGAGUGAAGAGGAGUCAGCUGGUGCGGAACAGCAGGCACACCUGGCUUUAUCAGGGCCAAGGAGCACACCAGGUGCUCCAGGACAUUAAGGAGCGGGUGACACGCCUUACCCGUCUCCCACCCACACUAGUGGAUCUGAGCGAGCCACUGCAGGUCGUUCACUACGAGGAGGGGGGGCACUACCACGCUCACCGUGACAGCGGGCCGGUCUACCCCGAAACAGCGUGCACACACACGCUACUCGCAGCCAACACCUCCACACCCUUUGAGACGUCGUGCAGGUACAUCACAGUUCUCUUCUACCUGAACACGGUUCAGGGCGGCGGAGAGACGGCUUUUCCUGUGGCGGACAACAGAACCUAUGACGAGAUGUCUCUCAUCCAGAAUGAUGUGGAUCUCCUCGACACCAGAAGAAACUGUGACAAGAGUAACCUGAGAGUGAGACCCACCAAAGGGACUGCUGUUUUCUGGUACAAUUACCUCUCUGAUGGAAAAGGCUGGGUGGGAGAGCAGGAUGAAUACUCCCUGCAUGGAGGCUGUGUGGUGACCCAUGGCACUAAGUGGGUUGCCAAUAAAUGGAUAAAUGUUGAUCCAGAUUACCAGCGGCAGGCUCGCUACCAGCAGUUGGUGUCCCAGCUGCCACAGGAUGAGAGCGAUGAAGCUCCAGCUCCGAACGCAGACACGCAGCAUUCCAGCGUCCACCAAGAGUUGUAGCUCACACGCCAAAAAUGUCAAGAAAUCUUCCUCAGUCUCGUGCACAA